AUGGAGGGGGCAACAUUAUCCCGCCAGCCUGGGCUUGACGAGCGCCCAUUUAUCAUCACACUCCCCGCCCCCGCAUCGCCCAAGCACUCAGGUGCAACGCCCGUGCAAGACAGCAACCCUAUUCCCGUCGCAAUGGUGUGCGAUAUAUGCAAGGCCGCGCUGCAGCGGUUGAUGCAGCCAGAUUGCAGUACGCCACAUCAUACAACCUUGGCUUCCUACAAACGCUCGGUCCAGAUCGGAUGCUUCAUCUGCACCUCUUUUCCCCUACAGGAGCAGCGCCGGCCCGAUCUGCCCAACGGUUGGGAUGCGACUGUGGCCUCUGUAGAUUCAACCCUCACGUUCUUCAACGAACCGUGGCCAUCGAUAAUGUUCAUGGUCUACGUGAGGCGCAACAUUCCGUUCAUUCCCUUGAAGUCCGAACGUUAUAACUUUGACCUCCUCGACGGUGACACCCACCCCAAGGCCCGCAGACUGUCUCCAAGCACGCGAUCCACACAGACCUUCUCAACGGCCAAACAGUGGAUUGCAACUUGCACGCAGUCACACGAGGAGUGCACCCGUCGCACUUCCGAUGCGGCCUGGUAUCCAACCAGGCUUCUCGAGUGUAGAAUUGAUGGGAACUCGGAAACACUCCGGCUGGUCGAGACCGGCAAAACUGCCGUCGACGGGCCGUACAUGACACUCAGUCACUGCUGGGGCAACAAAGACUGUCUGAAGUUAACAACAGAUAAUUAUACUCAGCUUCUCCAGGAGAUCCCCAUAUCGACCAUUCCAAGGCUGUACCGCGAUGCCUUGGUUGUCAUUAGGGAAUUAAAUGUCAAGUACCUCUGGAUCGACUCUUUGUGCAUCAUCCAGCAUGGAGACAAUUCGACCGAUUGGGACCGUGAGGUCAACCUUAUGGACCAGGUCUAUAGCAACUCCUUCUGCAACAUAUCGGCCCUCACGGCGCCCGACAGCCACCAGUCCAUGUUCCACGACCGCGACCCGGACGCGAUGUACCCGCCAACGACAGGCUUCAUGAACGAAUGGCCUAUGAUCAACAAGCCGUCGACUAUCAUCAAGAAUCUACGAGAUAGGUGGAACGAAGAAGUCCUCAAGGCGAAACUCAACACGCGGGGAUGGGUGUUUCAAGAGCGCCUCCUGUCGCCCAGGAUCAUCCACUUCGGCCGCAGCCAGGUCUACUGGGAAUGCCGGCGUCUUGAGGCCUCGGAAGAGUGGCCUGAGGGCUUCCCGGAAAAGCCCUGGCGGGACUCCGCGUCCUGCUAUCAGAGGGACCUCUACUCUGACCGCCACUACACUUCGGCGGGGUGGAAGCGAAUCAUCGAAGUCUAUUCCGCCUGCGACCUGUCGUUUCCGAACGACAGGCUGGUCGCCAUAUCUGCGGUCGCGAGACGUGCGGCAACCGCGUUCCAAGACACAUAUGUUGCCGGCCUGUGGCGCAGCGCCCUAGAAGACCUCCUGGCCUGGCAGGUAUACCCGGCCCGGAGCACAGCGACAACAUGGCCCGCAGAGGUCUACCGCGCCCCAAGCUGGUCUUGGGCUUCGAUAGACGCUCGGGUGCGUUUUGGUGAGCGCCAUGGCCCGGGAUUGCUCGUCAAGGUCCAAGAGGUGCACCUGGACUAUGCCACGGCCGACAAGAUGGGCCGUUUGAAAGGCGGGUGGCUACGCCUACAGGGGCUUUUGCGGCAAAUGGAACCGCGGCCGCUCGACGAAGACGCGGAGUGGGGCCUGCGCUGGGAUCAUGAUAAGUGGUCUUUCACCUUCGAAGCACUCUCGAGUGAACUUGAUGCUCGACACGAGCGCGAUCGAACCAGACUUUUGAGGAGUGCGGGAGACGGCUUCUUCUACUGCGUGCCAUUGUGGGUUAAAGCAAUACAUGUGCCACCUGCCAAUCGUUGGGAGUUUGUGUCCAUGACAUUUCUGCUUUUAGAAAAACUGGAUAACGAGGGCCGCCAAGGCGACUUUCGCCGUGUGGGCUUUGCUCGUGUCCAGGUCCAUAAGCGUGAGUGGCGCAUGCUGGGAGAGUUUCUGGGAUUCUCCCUGGAGGAUGACACAGUCGACUGGAGUGCGUUGCUAGAUGUCACGUCGGCCAAGCUGCAGACAUUCACGAUAGAGUAACAACGCGACACUGCUGCUUGCUUCGGAGCAAAACGCUUCUAUAAAUGCGAGAAUUGUAUAGGCUAGGUAAUUACUCUAAAUUAAAUCUCCAGGCUCCGCACCGGCCGCC